GCUGCACGUAGCCACAUUUCAGACUGCAUUACUUAGGAGAGAGAACAAGAAAGGAAAACAUGUGCCUUUCUACGGAAACCCUCUUUCUAAUAGCUGCUUUUUUAUUCCUUCUUGUACUAUAUGGGAUUUGGCCAUAUGGAUUAUUUAAGAAGUUGGACAUUCCUGGUCCUAAGCCACACCCUUUUAUUGGAAAUCUGAUGCAGUACAAAAAGGGUUGGUAUAACUUUGAUGUUGAGUGCUACAGGAAAUAUGGUAGAGUCUGGGGGAUUUAUGAAGGCCGAGUUCCUAUUAUUUGUAUCAUGGAUACAGCAAUGCUUAAAACUGUCCUGGUAAAAGAAUGCUACACUCUCUUUACUAACCGUAGGAAUUUUGGCCUGAAUAAAGUUGUAGAAUCUGCUAUCUUAAUUGCAGAAGAUGAACAGUGGAAGAGAAUCCGAACAGUCCUCUCGCCUCUGUUCACCAGUGGAAAACUUAAAGAGAUGUUCCCCAUUUUACUCCAUUACAGAGGUACGUUGCUGAAAAACCUGCAGAUGAAAAGAGAGACCAGUGAAGCCGUGGAUAUGAGGGCGAUGUUUAUUGCCUACAGUCUGGAUGUAAUUGCCAGCACAGCAUUCAGUAUAGAUAUGGACACCUUGAAGAACCCUGAUGAUUCUGUUGUCAAAAACGUGAGAGCACUGGUGACAUUUUCUCUCUUGAAUCCUCUUAUUAUUAUUUCAGUAUUGUUUCCCUGUCUCAUUCCAAUCCUGGAAGCCUUUGGUUGCAGCAUUUUACCCAAAGAUGCAAUAAAAUUCUUUGCUGACAUUGUCAUACGUAUCAAAGAGGAAAGGAAGAAAGGUAUUCAUAAGGACCGGGUGGAUUUUCUGCAGGAAAUGAUGAAUUCACAGACCUCUGAAAUAUCUUUGGAGACAGGGCAGACAUACAAAGGCCUUACUGAUCAGGAAAUUAUUGUACAGGCACUUAUCCUUCUUAUUGCUGGAUAUGAGACAAGCAGCACCUCUCUCACCUUCUUGGCGUACAAUCUUGCUACCCAUCCCGAUGUUCAGCGGAAGCUGCAGCAAGAGAUUGAUGAGGCAUUCCCCAACAAGGCUGCUUUGACAUAUGAUGGACUGAUGCGAUUACAGUACCUUGACAUGGUAGUAAAUGAAUCACUACGGUUAUUCCCAGUAUUUGGAAGGAUAGAUCGAGUUUGCAAGAAAACUAGUGUGGUGCAUGGAGUAACCAUCCCGAAAGGAGUACUGGUCAUUGUGCCAAUCUAUGCCCUACAUCAUGACCCUGAACUAUGGCCAGAGCCAGAGGAAUUCAGACCUGAGAGGUUUGGUAAAGAUAACAAGGAUUCUGUGAACCAGUUUGCUCAUUUACCCUUUGGAGCAGGCCCUAGAAACUGCAUAGGGAUGCGAUUUGCCAUGAUGUCAAUGAAGCUGGCUAUUACGUCACUGCUGCAGAACUAUUCAUUUGUACCUUGCAAAGAAACCCAGAUUCCAAUAGAGCUGGACACUACAUUCAUGCUGAUGCCUAAAAACCCUGUCUUCUUGAAACUUGUUGCUCGUUCUGGAACUGAGUGAAGAUAAGUGAUAGCAGUGCUCUUGGGCUACCAUAUUGUGGAAUAAGGAAUGUCUUCAUUCUAAUCCCUAAUUCACAAUUCUUUAAACCGUAGUAUGAUGAAUUAUGCAUCUGUGAUGCAGACUAUAUUUUUUAGUUUUCAGGCCUGACUUGUGCAGCUAUGUGAGAAAUCUGCCAUUGUUCACAUCUUAAAUACACAUUUUUUUUUAAAGAAACAUAUAUUGAACAUUUUUAUGAUGUACCUUAUAGGGUGUAGUUGGAGGACACUGUAAAUCAAUGAGCAUCAUAUUAAUUGGGCAUCACCUGCUGCUUGAUUUCUAGUAGUCACUGCUAUUUUCAUGUUAGUGGCUUCUUGCAAAAAGUAAAGUUUAUUUGUAAUUUUAAACAAACUGUAUUAUGACUUCAAACAAAUGUCUAAGGCUGAUAGUGGUGUACUGGCUUAAUCCCACCUUCAAAAAAAUAAGCAGCAAAGAGCAAGUUGAAAUACUGUUAUGAAAACACAUGCAUUUAAAGAAAUAAUGUAUAGUCACAAUAAUCUGUGUUUUGUGCUAAAUAAUACUUUCUGAAGUUGUUUCUGUAUCAGUGAUUACCUUUUCUGUUGUUGCUACCACAAAAGUAUGCAAUAAUUAUUUUUUGAGUUUUGCUUUUUUUUUACAAGUGUGAUUGCCAACAGAUAACUGAAGUUAAUAUAACCAAAACAUGGUAGUGA